AUGAUGGUGGUAGCUCCUUUAUCACUGAAGGCGUUACCGGAGGAGGCCCAAUGGCGGGCGCACCAAGCGAUGGAAGGACGCCGGCCGGCAGACGAGGGGAACGAAGAAAAGGCAAUGGACGUGCUGCCUACAGAUUCGCGCCUUUACCGGUCCCACGGCUCAGGUUUUGAUGGGGGCCUCACUCCCUCUACCGCCCACUCCCCCACAGACUGCAGCGAUUUAGGCCCUCCGUGUAGGCACGGGAGUGUCGGUGGUGGCGACAGCAUCGCCAGAAGUAACGGCAACAGGCAGCACGACCCCCCGAAGAAGGGACAUAAAAAACAUGCUUUUUUUUGGUUGCCGCGGCGUUCCCCACGGCGAAAGGUUCAUGCAGAGGUCAAUAAGAAGCCAGCGAAUGGAUGCAGCAAAAUAGACGCUCCCUUACAAGUGUAUGAUACCCCCAUCUCAGAGCGACAGCAGCGGAGCGUAGAUAUGAUGCGGGCAACUCCUGUUCUAUCUUCUCCGGAGUUGUAUCGGUUGACCGGGGCAUCACGGGCCGUGCGCCGCGUACAAUUUGAAGUCUGUCAAGACCGCUCGCUACUUUCGUCGCCACAACUGUCAUCUUCGAAGCUUCGUUAUUUGACUGAAUGGUGCAUUAAACUGACUCUCCUUUAUAUAAUGCUAUUGAGCUUUAUGUUGGCCUUUACACACUGA